AAAUGGCGACUGUUGUUGUUUUGCCGCAGGGUCAGUGAAUAAAUCCGUUUUUCAUUUCAAUCAUUCUCUGCAUUUAUUAGCAGAAACAACAGUAAAAAGCCCAGGCGUCCCGAGGGGUUGGCUCCGUUUGGACUGAAAUGAAAGGUAAAGAGCGAUCGCCGAUUAAAAAGCGCUCUCGGGCCCUGGACGAUAUACGAGACCGGGGAGGAUGCCACCCGACCAGCAAGAAAAUGGGGGCUCUCUCCGUGUCCACCGGGAGUAAUAAUGGGAAUAGCUCGACGAAGAACGACGGCAGCUCGACGAGAAGGAGUCUACUGGGUGAAAAAAGAGACAGAGAUUUCGAUGGGCACAGUCGGACUGGAAAUAAUCAUGGCUGUCAGUCUGCAGUCGCCAGCUCCGUGGGUAAAAACCACAGCCUGAGCCUAACGCUGGAUUUAGCCCCAGCGAGGACCACUUCUCGGGGGGAGCAGCGGGUGCAGCCGCCCGGCGCAGAGAGUGAGUACAAAACCCUCAAAAUAAGCGACCUGGGUACCCAGUUGAACGACGAGGACAUAGAAGAUGGACUAUUUCACGAAUUCAAGAAAUUUGGAGAUGUGAGCGUCAAGAUAAGCCGCAGCAACGACGAGCGGAUCGCGUUUGUGAAUUUUAGGAAGCCGGAGGACGCACGAGCUGCAAAGCACGCGCGGGGUCGGCUGGUGCUGUAUGACCGGCCGCUGAAAAUCGAGGCAGUGUACAUCAACCGGAGGAGAAGCCGCUCCCCUGUGGAGAGAGACUUGUAUGGUGCAGCUCCCAGCCACAGACAUUUGCAGAGACCCCUCUCGCCCACCGGGCUGGGAUACAGAGACUACCGGCUGCAGCAGCUGGCCCUUGGCCGGCUGCCCCCUCCCCCGCCUCCCCCUCUGCCCAGAGAGCUGGAGCGGGACCGGGAGUUUGCCCUGUUUGAAGCCAGGGCACGACCAGCUUUCAUUGCAGAGCGAGCAGCCUUUCGAGAAGAGGAUUUUAUAUCUCCAGAAGAUGACCAAAGAGCCAAUAGGACGUUGUUUUUAGGCAAUCUGGACACAACUGUGACUGAAGCAGACCUGAGGAGAGCUUUUGACAGGUUUGGGAUCAUAACGGAAGUGGACAUUAAAAGACCCACACGGGGACAAACUAGCACAUAUGGAUUUUUGAAAUUUGAGAAUCUGGACAUGGCUCAUCGUGCUAAAUUAAGCAUGUCUGGCAAAAUAGUGGGCCACAACCCCAUAAAGAUAGGCUAUGGGAAAGCAACUCCCACCACACGCCUGUGGGUUGGGGGACUUGGGCCGUGGGUUCCUGUUGCUGCCCUGGCAAGAGAGUUUGACCGCUUUGGCACUAUAAGGACCAUUGACUUCAGAAAGGGGGACACUUGGGCCUACAUUCAGUAUGAAAGUCUGGACGCUGCACAGGCGGCAUGCACACACAUGAGGGGCUUCCCACUGGGGGGUCCAGAGAGAAGACUUAGAGUGGACUUUGCUGACACUGAGCAUCGGUACCAGCAGCAGUUCCUGCAGCCUCUCCCUAUACCACCAUUUGACAUGGUGGCAGAGUCUUUUGUCCACCGAGCCACAACUGAACCCCUGAGAGUCAGGGAACGGACUCCACCUCCGCUCCACUUCAGGGAGAGAGAUCUCUUUCCUGGAGCUGAGUGGCCCAACCCAGCCAUCCGAGAUCGGGUUCGAGCGUCACCCUUUGAACCUCUGGAGCAUUUGGAACGUGAGCGACGGGCACGAGAGCCCUGGUCUCUGGAGCGAGAGUUGCAGGGACGUGAACCUCCACGCAAGCGCCGUGCAAUGGAGGAUGGACGCCACAUAGACCCCUCCCCUGACAGCACUGACAGAACUCUAAGGCGUAGACGUACUUCUCCAGAUGGCAGUCCUGAAGGUAUCAGCAGAGACGGAGGGCGCUUCAGUGACCCAGAGCGGCCUCUCCGGGGAGAGAGACCCUCCCCCGCAAGAGAGUGCCACAGCAGCCUUGAAAGAGGCGGGGCUGAGCGGAGACUCAAAAGCCAGAGUCUCUCUGACAAGGGACCUUCAGGCAGCGGCGUUUCAGCAGUCGGAGAUCGUAAGCGCAAAGCAGGGGAAGGUGGUAAGGGGCCGGCCAAGAGGGAACGUCCUGAGAGCAGUUCCAAGGGGGGCCAGGCAUCCAAACCAGAUGGCAGCAAACUCAGUUUGGCCUGGCAUGGCAUGCUUCUGCUCAAGAACAGCAACUUUCCAGCCAAUAUGCACCUGCUGGAGGGCGAUCACAACGUGGCCAGCGACCUGCUUGCCGAGGGCACAUCAGGAAGGCAGGUGGGCGAGCUAAAGAUCACCCAGCGUCUCCGUCUAGACCAGCCCAAGCUCGACGAGGUGUCCCGGCGCAUCAAGGUGGCGGGUCCCGGCGGCUACGCCAUCCUGCUGGCAGUUCCUGGCACCACAGAGGAUUUAUCUUCAACAGACCCUGCAGCAUCAACUCAGCGACCGCUCCGCAACCUGGUGUCCUACCUCAACCAAAAACAAGCAGCCGGAGUCAUCAGCCUGCCUGUGGGAGGGAGCCGGGAUAAAGACAACACGGGGGUUCUUCAUGCUUUCCCUCCCUGUGAUUUCUCCCAACAGUUCCUGGAUUCCUCUGCCAAAGCUCUGGCUAAAAGCGAAGAGGACUAUCUGGUCAUGAUUGUGGUUCGUGGAGCAUCUUAAAAAAAAAAAAAAUCAGAACUCUCGAAGUUCAAGUGGAGUUUUAAAAAAAAAGGAAUCGGCUGUAUGUCAGUAACUAUUGCAUGCUGUGUGUUCUGCAUUAUAGGGUACACUAGUAUGGUUCCUUAGUGUUUGUAUGUUGCCAUGUAAUCCACUCAAAGGACAAAUGGUGCCCUCCUACAAAACUAAAAGGAUGUGUGUUUUGGAAAUUAUUUUUAAAGGUUGUAUGAAUUGCUUACAAAGUCAUAAACCUGCAGUAUUUCAGUCAAAAUACAGGAAAAUAUGAGGAGCAUUCAUGAAAUACAUUUCAAUUUCAUUUAAAAAAUAGUACACCAUUAAACUCUUUUUUGGUUGAUUUACCUGUUGAACAUUUUAGCUUAGCCAACUCUUCUACAAGAAAACAAAUAGAAUUUACAAAAUGCAUUGAGUGGACACAAUAACACCUCUACUACAGUUAAACCAAAAACAAUAGCCUCCAAAGCUACUAUAGUGCCCCUUUCACUGUGUUACCAAAAGCUGGAAAUAACAAGCUUAACAAAAGUCAUGUUGGUGUCUGGGCUAUCAUUCUGCUGUCCCUUAGAUUGUACGGUUGUUAUUGUGUCUACAUCCAAAACAGACGUUUAAAUUAGGAGGAUUAAAAAAAAACAUUUUUUAAAUCUUAGUGCAAUAAUAUUUCUACUAUAUUCACUUUUUUAAUUAAUGGAAACAAAAAUGAGACAUUUUUGGAGGUUUUCAUUGAAGGUGUAGUAGUUGAGUUGGUACUGCAAAGCCAAUGGGGAUGAGAGUCCUGGUCACCUUUUUCUCCUUCAGCUCCAGGUUUCUAGAUAUCUCGCCUUCAUCAGGCCUUACAUAUAACAAAAUAGCUUACGACAUUUGAUGAAUGGAGUGUGGUGCACUGAAGAAGAGUUGUGAUGUGUUUUGAAGGUUAAAGUGUCAAUAGUGAAAGCUCACACAUUACCUUGGUUGCAAAUUAUGUUUAAAAGUUACAAAUCCCUUUCAGGUUCAUGGUUUUAAUUGGAGAGUAUCUUUUAUUCAUGUGUUCCUCAAUAUUGGAAUGCCAAAUUGCAAGAUAGAUAAUGAAUUCGGUGUGUGUUCACUGGUAAAUCCAAAUUGUUACAUCAACUCUAUGUAAAAUGCUGAAUACUAACAGAGUUAUUCGCCCAGGGAACAGCCCAUAACACAACACUCAUAGAAUAGUAAAGCAGAUACUAACAUGUUUUCAUAUUUUAACUUCAUAUUUUACUUUGUGCAUCCCUACCUUAGAAAUGGUUGUGUAAUGUGAUCUAUAAAAAACUACAGUAGUAAUGGAUAAAAAAAAGCGUAGAA